AUGUCGAAGGCCUUGGGUUCCUAUGCCACCCAUGACCGUGACAGUCUCCCAUCCUUCAUGGGGGCUCAGCCUCAGGAUCUCUUUCCCUCCCCUUCGCAACUUGGUCCACCGUACCACCUGACGAGGGUAGCGGGGAUAGGUUCCUCGCGUCCGCAGCCCUUCCAUCUGCCUGGCCAGGAUGUUCUCACCGACGUUAACCUUACGCCAGGUGGCGGCGACGUCCCUCUUCGUGGCAUUCCGAAGCCUUGGAAUAUCUGGAAGUUUUAUGAUGCUGGCGCCGAUGACAGUCCUUGGGUGCCCCCAGGUAUCAUCGUCCCCGAUCACCGGGCCGGCCAAGGGCGUCACCAGAACAGCCCAACGGCGUUGCAUGACGCCUUUGCUCCUCGAUACUCAGAAUGGCGCAGCCCGGGCCCGUCCGAAUGUGAUACGCUGCCUCCAGGACAGCUUCCAUCCGACUCGGGCUACGAGAGCCGCCGGACCAAGCAGAGUAUCGCCAACGCCUCCGUCUUUGAAGAUGUCGACCGGGGCCAUGAGACCCAGAGUCUGACUGGGCAUAUGGAUGGUUUUGAUCCCUUCGCGGGUAUGUCGUCGACGCCAUCACACACAAGCAAUUCUGCCAACAACCAUGCGUACAUGAACGAGACCUGUGGCCUGUCAACACUUCGCACUCGAGGGACUGCCCAUGGCACAGUGAUCAUAUGCCCUGACUGUGGAAGCAAGCUGAAGACGAAGUCGGAACUAAACAAACAUAAGCAGAGGCACAGUAAGCCUCACAAGUGCGAUGUCUCUGGUUGCUCUCGCAAAGAGGGGUUUAGCACAAUCAAUGAUCUGGAUCGUCACAAACGAAGCGUUCAUCGUGACACCGAUACUAGCGGGCCCAGAUAUCAUUGCAACUUGGCGGCGUGCCACAACAAGAAAAAGAUCUGGCCAAGGGCAGACAACUUCAGAUCUCACCUCAAACGCCUUCAUGGUGUUCAAGCAGGCGACGAUGACCUCACACAAUAUUUAAUUCCGUCUCAACAACAAGAUGUCGGAAGCCUUGCGGAAGGCAUGGAUGUGUCUGAUUCAACGAUCGAAAGCUUCCGCUUCACACCCUACGACCAGGCAAUGCCGCCAUCCAUGUGGGUAAAUCAUCAGUCUCAAGACUUGGAAAUGACACACCUCGUUGUGGAUAGCACCAGCCCUCGAACAGAGUUGGACAUCCCUGAUGCAAGCCCUGCCAGCCGCGGCUUUUCUGGUCUGGGAGAGCCAAACACAGGACAUUCGGUUCGUGAAUUGCCAUUGGACCUCAUGCAGGGCGGAAAUCCUCAACGAAGAGGAAUGAAUUGCCGAAAGCACCUGAACUUGACCCAGCGUAGAAUGAGCUCAAACUCGAACUCUUCUGAUGCUACCACUCCACCAGAGACGACACUUGCUCCCCAUCUUUUGAUGGCGGGAAGACUUCGGUAUCCAAGCAUGGAGAUUGAACAGAACCCAAUAGCUGACAGAAGUGAUCAAGUCGACGCUUCAGAUACGUCUGCUUCUGAGGCAGAUGGCGGUUCUCUGUCUGAAGACUUGCAUGAGGAGAGGAAGCCCAUGCGUCGCGACGAUCACUCGGAGGUCUCAGGUGACCCAAAAGCCACAAGUGCAGGUAGUCUUGUUGAGGUGAUAAAUACGCCUCCAGUCCUAUCCCAAGGCAUCGACACCGGCGGAGCUCGCGACAUUUCACCGACAUCUACUCAAGACAUCACUAUGACUGAUCAGCAAAUUCAUCAGUUCCUCCAAACUGUACCUGAAGCCUUGUUGGAGAAGUUCUUGAGGGAGAGGCACAACCCAGUUCGCGCCGAACCAACAAAGGCACGCAUAACGGCGCAAGCUAAUUCGCAACAUCCAUGUCCUGAUUGCAACAAGAGCUUUCGAAGAAAAUGCGAUCUCAAGAAGCACAAAAAAAGACAUGACAAGCCCUAUGGCUGUACAUUUCUGAAAUGCUACAAAAGUUUCGGGAGCAAGAACGAUUGGAAACGGCACGAAACCAGUCAACAUACUCAGCUUGAGGUAUGGAAAUGUAACGAGCGAGCCUCGAAUGGGGUGGGAACCAUAUGCGGCAAGGUAUUCCCUCGCCGCGAAGAUUUCAAGGUACAUCUGCAGGACACACACAACUUUCGAGAUGUGAGCGCUUUGGAGGCGGAACUGCACAGCUGCCGCAUUGGCCGAGAUUGUGAUUUACGAUAUUGGUGUGGCUUCUGCGAGAAGAUCGUGGAGAAAAGCCAUACUGCAAUGCAAUCUCUGACAAAGCGGUUCGACCACAUCGACGACCACUUUUGCGGCCGAAACACGGCCAAGAGGAGCAUAUCGGAGUGGAAACACCUGGAAAACAAGGUCUCGGCAGCUGGCUCUACUCCGAGCUCUAGCAGCAUGGAGACACCGAAGUCUUCACCUAGUCAUCAAGCUACUGCCCGGAUAUUUCCAUCGAAUAGUGGCCGUCUCGCGUCUAAUUCUACCCUGCCUGGCAAAAGGAAGUUAGACGACGACAGCGAGUGCCCAGAGUCAAGACGACCAAGGGGACAACUGGCGACGAUGUGGACUUGCUGCGAUUGCGCCAUGCAGUCCAGUUUCAGGUUCAACCGGGCUUGCGUGUGUUGUGCGCAUUCUCGAUGUGACAACUGCCCAGUAGAGACGUAG